GAAGCGGGGCGGCACCAGCCCAGGCCUAGCAGGCAGUGGCAUCAGGACUAUGUCGUGGGCGCGGAGCCACCUGCGCUCGGCUCUGUCCCUGGCAGCUGUUUCUGCGCGUGGUGCAACGGCCGAGGGCGCGGCGCGGCGGUGGUUGAGCGCGUGGCCCGCGCCGCAGGAGCCCGGCAUGGAGUACCAGGAUGCUGUACGUAUGCUCAACACCCUGCAGACCAAUGCCAGCUACCUGGAGCAGGUAAAGCGUCAACGGAGUGACCCUCAGGCGCAGCUGGAAGCCAUGGAGGUGUACCUGUCACGGAGUGGGCUGCAGGUGGAGGACCUAAACCGCCUAAACAUUAUCCAUGUCACUGGGACCAAAGGAAAGGGCUCCACCUGUGCCUUCACUGAACGCAUCCUGCGGAAUUACGGCCUGAAGACAGGCUUCUUUAGCUCCGUCAGGCCACUCCAGACGCAGCUGAGACCAGUUGGCUACAGCCAUUUCAGCUCUCCCCACCUGGUGCAGGUGCGUGAACGGAUUCGCAUCAAUGGGAAGCCCAUCAGUCCGGAACUUUUUACCAAACACUUCUGGCGCCUCUAUCACCAGCUGGAGGAGUUCAAGGAUGACAGCCACAUUUCUAUGCCUGCUUACUUCCGCUUCCUCACACUCAUGGCCUUCCAUGUCUUCCUCCAAGAGAAGGUGGACCUGGCUGUGGUAGAAGUGGGCAUUGGCGGGGCUUAUGACUGCACCAACAUCAUCAGAAAGCCAUUGGUGUGUGGAGUGUCCUCUCUUGGUAUUGACCACACCAGCCUGCUAGGAGAUACGGUGGAGAAAAUAGCCUGGCAGAAAGGGGGCAUCUUUAAGCCUGGUGUUCCCGCCUUUACUGUGCUACAGCCAGAAGGUCCCCUGGCCGUGCUGAGGGAUCGAGCCCAGCAGACCUCAUGUCCUCUGUACCUGUGUCCACCGUUAGAAGUCCUGGAAGAGGGUGGGCUGCCGCUGACCCUGGGCCUGGAGGGAGAGCACCAGCGGUCCAAUGCAGCCUUAGCCUUGCAGCUGGCCCAUAGUUGGCUGGAGCAGCAGGGCCACCAGGAUGUCCGGGAGCUGAAGGUGUCCAGGCCAGGCACACGGGGGCAGCUGCCUCUGGCCCCUGUGUUCCAUCCCACCUCUCACAUGAGACAUGGGCUUCGGGACACGGAAUGGCCUGGUCGGACACAGGUGCUGCGGCGGGGACCUCUCACCUGGUACCUGGACGGCGCACACACCACCAGCAGUGUGCAGGCCUGCGUGCGCUGGUAUUGCCAGUCAUUACAGCGCAGUAAACGCCCCAAUGGUGGGCCUGAAGUACACGUCUUGCUCUUCAACUCCACUGGUGACAGGGACUCUGCCGCUCUGCUGAAGCUGCUGCAGCCCUGCCAGUUUGACUACGCCGUCUUCUGCCCCAACCUGACAGAAGUGUCAUCCACAGAGAACGCAGACCAGCAGAACUUCACAGUGACUCUGGACCAGGUGCUGCUCCGCUGCCUCCAACACCAACAGCACUGGAGCUGCCUGGCCGAGAAACAAGCCAGCCCUGACCUCUGGAGUAGCCCCAGCGCAGAGCCUGGCGGGCCGGGCUCCCUGCUGCUGGCCCUGCACCCACCUCACUCUGCUAGCACGAACUCCCUAGUUUUUAGCUGCAUCUCCCAUGCCUUACAGUGGAUCAGCCAAGGCCGGGAUCCCAUCUUUCAACCCCCGAGCCCUCCAAGGAGCCUCCUCAGCCACCCCACAGCCAGCAGUGGGGCAAGCAUUCUCCGUGAGGCUGCUGCAGUCCACGUACUGGUUACGGGGAGCCUGCACCUGGUGGGUGGAGUCCUAAAGCUGCUGGAGCCUUCCCUGUCCCAGUAGCCAAGGCCCCGGAAUCAGAGCCGGGAACUUCCACACCUGCCUGCUUCUCCACAGACGGAUACUCAGUGCCUUUCGAUUUCUGCUUGCAGAUUCUUUUUGAGACUGGCCCAGGGUCCUGGGCUCUUGGUAGAGUGUAGGGAUGUGAGAAGCGCUGCACCGUGGCCUCUCCUUCCUCUGGCAUAGACAGCAGGGGGCUUCCCAGAGCCCCUACCAUUGCUGUAGGCUUUCAGUCUGGCCGGUUCCCUGCUCACCCUGCUGCCUCCUGGCUCAGGCCCAGCUCAUGUGCAAACUGCCUGACCAGCCUAUAGACCUGCCUGAGGCUAGGCCAGAGACUUCCUCUUCCCUCCUGGUGCCUUCUGGGAAGAGAGAGGGCCUUUGCCUGGGCAUUUGGGGACUGUGAGUUGCUAGAACUAACUGAAGCUUUUAAACCCUUUCUUUUUUUUAUUUUUUGUAAAUAAAUGACAAACUUUUGAUUGACUCUUAA